CGGAAUCCGUACAAACGCGGCGCGCUGUUCGUGAGUGUGCAUUUGUAGGUGUGAUUGUGACCGUGUCGGAGAGCGAAACCCGUGUAGCCGCGAAAUCGAAACUCCUCAAUUUGGGAAGGAAGCAGUAGUGAUUUGGUGAUUGUUUUCCUCUCUCCCUCUUUCCACGUCCGGAGCUAACCGCAUCUUGUGAGGUGAUAAGUGAUAAACGAGCCGCUCAAGUGGCGAAAACCAAUUGCGAUUCAUCAUCAGCUGAGCGAGUGUUGGCGAAUGGCGCUCGAACGCACCUGCGAGAAAUUUGCAGCUUCGAAGGAAAGCAAAAGUGUGUCUACAACAGUGGCAGCAGUUCAAGAAGUGGGUGUGCGAGGGUUCGCCAAUUAAUAAUCAUAAAUUCGUAUGUACCGGACUGAGCGUUGGUCAAUUUGGCUUCGGUUGCAAAAGCGCUGAAAAGAGUGUGGAAGAGAGUAAUAAGUGAAUUUGCAUGAUAAUAAAUUCAUCCGUACGUCAGUUAGUGAAGAGUUCACUUUCUAGCCGGCAGCCGAGCUGAAAUUUCGCGUCUUGUGUUUGUGUGUGCUGGCAGAAGAUAAGAAGAAACGCACGUGAAAUAACAAUCAUCGUCAUCGUCGUCAUCGAUAGGUAAAGAAAAGUGUGGAAGUUAGUGUGCUGCGGAGGGGAAACCUCAUCAAAGGUGGAUAAAAAUUCGGAUAUAUACCGGUACGCUGAGAUCGAUUCCAGGCCCCGCCCGGCGGUAGACGGAGUGUAAAAUUAUUCGAUUAGAAAAGGCAAGAAAAGAACUCCCCAUCGACAGACGUUUUCCCAUCGCUCUCUACGCCCGACGAACAUAUAUUAUCGCCCCAGGGGGACAAUGCUCACGCGAAAGAGACAGUAAAUAGCUCUGCGCCGGCCCAGGACCUCCAGGGCGAUAAUGUCACUAAACUAAUUGCCAACGAUGAAUGUGAUAUCAUUGACUUUCCGCUGCCGGAAAUUCCCGUGAAGCAGGAUCCCACCUCGUCGGAUAACAGUUUUCUAACGGCGACGGACGGUGACGAUGCUCAGGUUGCUCCUGCGCUAGUGAGACGAACGAAUAGCAACGAACAAAAGGAUAAUCUCGAACAACAGACAGAACAAGUGCCAGAAGCGGAAGGUCAGGAGAUGCACUACCGGAACUCGAACGAUAAGCCGACCUAUUUAUUCGGUGAAAAUCUGAAAAAGAAUGAAAUCUUCCUCAACAAGUCCGGCUGGGUGCAGGUCAGUCAGCCGCCGCAGUACCCGAUUGACCGGAGUGUUCGGGCCAAGUCAUUCCAAUCGGAACUGGCUGGACCACGGGUUUCCCGAAAAUACAUCGAGUACGAUGAGAAUCGAUACGGCAAGGGUAGCAAGCUGGAGGAUCUGAUCAAUCGGAAUGAAUCCCGGCGGAACCAGAUGCAAAAAGUACAACGACAGGACAAUGUGACAAUCUUGAAAAUAGAUCCACAGCUAUCGUCCGGUGGCCGUCCAAUAUGUCUUCCGAUAAAACGAAACUUGGCAGACAACUCGCCACCUCCGGUGACUCCGAUUCUGUCGCCGCCUCCGGCUUUCCAAGACUCGAAACAGAAGACCCGCCUUAGCGAGAUCAAACCCGGUACCCGGAUAUUCCUCUCCGUGGUGGAUAAUGAUAAUCACAAUCCCAAGGGGAUGGUCUUCUCGCGGAGCUUCGAAUACGACAACCGGCGAUACACCACUCCGAUAGCUGCCUCCCAGCAACGUUCGCUGAAUCAAACCUUUUCGAGUAACUUCUCCAAGAGCUUCGACUUCGAUUCUAGCCUUAUAUCCCCGAUGCCCAAAACUACGGAUCAACCAUUCAUCCGACGUAACAAAUCUCCCACGCCCGCUUUCUCAACCUUAACCGGCAACUCUCCAAACUACCUGACGAAAAAGGAGAAACCCGGAAACCCUCAAUCCAGCGCCAACGACAAAUCACCCAUCUUUCCGAAGGCGAUCCCCGGCAGCAGUGUCACCAGUUCCGGCUACGAAUCUCUGAAGCGAUUUGGCGACAAGAACAAAUCGCUCGACUCACAGAUGAUGUCUUCCAAUAUGACGACGGGCCUUGGUAAUCGCUCCCGACGGUCACAGUUUUCCACCAAGGCCAACUCGACGACCGGUUUGCCGUCGUACGGUUUCCGUUCCGAUUCGGUUGGCAACGCCCGACUCAAUUCCUGUGAUAGUGGUGCUCGAUCAGAUUAUUCCAACGACGGCGUCGAAGAAGACGACGAAGAAAACGCUAGCGAUGAUCAGUCAUCAUCUCUGGCGCUCAGCUACAAGUCGACCACCUCCUACAUGAACCAGAUGAAGGGUCGGGCCCUGUUCGGAAACUCCGGAUCCGGGAACACCCUGACCGCUCACAGCGCCCUGAAACCACAACGAUCGCUAACUCCUGAACGACUCUACGACAACGAAGAGUAUGGAAGCAUGCGAAACCUAAAGAAGCAACGUUCGCUGACGCCGGAAAAGCGUUCGCGAACACCGGACGACCGAAACAAACCCCGCAGCAAAGGUGACAUGAACAGCUCGCAGUCCUCACUCGUAUCCCGCCAGAGUUCCGGAUCCCGCAGCAGUACCUUGGAAAGACGCUACGAUGAAGCCUACAUGCGCACCUCCAGCCGAAGUUCUUCCAGCUCCAGCUACAGUGGAGACGAAACGCACGCCUCAUCCUACCGAAGAAGUCAACUGCGGGGUGUCUCACUGCGCCCGGCAAACGUCGCUGGCGACUACAAAAUUCGAAGGUCCAGAUCCCUGCAGCUGUCGGAACGGUCGCCCAGUCGGCAGCAGGUGGUAACGGGUGGUGUUGGUGUUGGUACUCAGCCGCACAAAGUGGUCGUUCGGCUGGGGAAUGUCCCGAACAAGGAACGGCCGACCUAUACCGGUGCCCGCAAGGUUGGUGGCAGUCAAUUACUAGCGCAGCAGGAUUCGGUUUAUCCACGUGUAUCGCCGAACACUACCUUGGAUCGGUUGCGACGGGAGACGGCUUCGCAUUCGAUCGAUGUGGACAAGAGCAAAUCGUUCGAUAACAACAACUAUGGAGUGUACGAGUACGAUUUCGACAAGAGCAAGUCGUUUGACGAGAACUAUGGCAUCGAGGGCGAGAAGCGGGGGUACGUUGGAACGGAGGGCAGGUCCUACAGCCAUGAUCGAGUGUUUGGAUCGACGGGCACUUCGUCGAGCAACGAGUACAGUCAAUCAUCUACGUCGAGAAACAGGAGUCCACAGACGUAUGGAAGUAGAUUGUACGACCACGAUCUGCAGCAGUACGACGUGAGCAGGAUGAGCCGGUCUCCGAUUAUAAACUACACUCAGAGACGUAUAAUUUCGCGGGAGCGCUCACCUGUACCUGGAGCCAGCAAGCCUUCGCUGGGGCACUAUCAGAAGCCUUCGGAUUUGUAUCUAAUGAGGAAUUUGACACCGGAUUCCGAGUAUGACGAUCGAAUCACGCCCGAUUUUGUGGAUGAUAAAACACCCGCAGCAGGGACGACCUCGACGGUGACAACGACGUCUACGCCAAUGGCAGCGGCAGCGGCAGCAGUAGCUGCCUUCAAGGAAGCCGAACUGGUCAAGAAGUUCUUGUACGCUACCAAAAACAAGCAAUUGCAAAGAGAGUCACGUAACGUUGUUGUACCUCCGGCCGGAACGCCAUCUUCUGGAAGUUGUACCGCUAGUUCCUGUGAUUUUUGGCCACACUGUGGCGUCACGUCGUCGCUAACGGUCGAACACAAUCAGUUAACAAAAUCGGGUAGUGAAAACUGUUUGAACAGAAAGAGUAUCGGUGCUGGUGACAUUGCAAGUAGUGCUACAGGUCUUCUCAGUGGAACAGGUGGUGAAGUGAUUGUAAUCGGUGCAAGGUCCGGCGCCACCCUGGUCCCGAUCAAGGCCAAUAGCUACGGUGGCGUCGGACACCAUCCGCUCAAGAAGCAAAACAAUUUCGACAUCCACGACCGGGAUCUCCCGACGGUCAUCGGCGGUGGACCGCCGCGCUACAUCUACGGCGCACCCCGGCCAUCGUCGAUUGUCAAAGCGAGCUCGAUCACCUUUCUCGGUGAACACGAGAUGCCAAUUACGCGGGACCGUGUUUCGAAAUCGUUCUCCCAUCAGGGCUCGACGUCGACGAUGACAACGAUAGCAACGGGGACUUCCGUGCUGGUGAAACAGGAUUCCACGUCCUCGAAAAGCAAUUAUUCUCUGGCCGAUCUAGGAUCAGGCUACAAUAGUAGAGCGUCGGCCAAAUCAAACCACCCCAGUGGAAGCAACGGGGGUGGUGGGGGCAGCAGCAAUAGCAGUGUUAAAAGCAAUAGUAGCAAUUAUAAAGUCAAUCGAAGCCCCAGCAAUAGAAGCAAUCCUCCGCCGAGCAGCGGAAGCAAUCAGCGGCAUGGAUCGAACGGUGGUACCAACUCCUCCUCGACGGACAAGGCUGGCUCCGGGAGUGACGUACGUGAUAGGAAAGCGAGGCCGACCUACUCAUCGACGACGAAACCCCGCUCUUCGUCGUCCUCGUCGUCGUCGAUCAAACGAAAGUUCGAAAUGAAGCUGAAAAGCCGCUCGCUGCCAAAGUCCUUCAUGCGCUACAGCAAUCUGACAUCGGAUGACCUGGAGCUGUCAGCAAUAUUCUCAUCAAAUUCGCCCCUGCAACUGAGAGCCGUUUCUAGUCCAUCGCUCACAGAGCCUACGCCACCGACGGCGGUGACGGUUCUCUCCCGGACGGACAGCAGCCAUGUCUCGAAGACUGCAGAUGCUCGAAGUGUGGUAACCAACAACCUCCUCCACCAUCAGAAGACUGCAUUGCUGACCGCCAAUCAGAAGAAUCUGCACCAUUCGCAGCAAGCUUCCGAGAGCGUGCUGCAAAAAUUCAAGAAGACCUUUUCCCAGUUCAAACCGGCCAAAGGACCAUCAGCCAAUAGCAAUAGCAUUAGUAGUAGUAAUAGUAGUAGUAAUAGCAACCAUCCUCAUCAUCUGAUAGUCAGCAACAGCAGCAUGAGCGUGGAUGGCAGUCAGGAAAAGCCGCAGAAUGCAUCUAGCCAAGGACAGCAGCAACAGCAACAACCUUCGAAUCACCAUCACCGGUUCGGUCCGUUGAUAUGGCGCUCGAGUAAGGAACGGCGGAAAACCAAGUCCCACCGUAGGGACAAAUGCAACAGUGGCGAUUCGGGGAUUCAGGUCGAACUGGACGCGGACGAACAGCUGCUGCAGGAGGCAGGCAUUGACGGAGCGGACCCCACAAUCUCGCCACACUCGAUUUCGGUGCGGCGGGCCAACUCGGCCAAAGUGUCCACCACAGGCACCGGUGGGUCAUCACUCCUGAAGCACAAAUUAUCGCUCAAAAGCAACAACAAAGAAAAUGUUGCCAACAUAUCACGACUAAGCGGUAAGUCGCGCAGUCAACCCUCGGGACUGGACCGGCUGGCCGCCAACGAUGACAACGACAUGCGAGCAGUGGAUCUGAGCGAAUCCGAAAGCGACGACGGAGAGGAGGAGGACCACGACGCAGGCCAUCGAACGCAGCACCGACGGAACGAUCAUCGGAUAGGCAGUCAAGAGGAAUCGGUAUUUGCGGAAGUCCUGUUCUCGUUCCGUCCGGUUGGACCUCAGGAAUUGGCACUGGAGAAGGGAGCUCUGGUGGAGGUGCUGAGGCGACAGCCUGGUCCCUGGUGGUGGGGUCGGAUCAAAUCCGAUGCCAUCCUAUCCGACGUGCGGCCGGAAGAUGAGGAUCGCGUUGACAGCACCUCCGACUGCGGCUGGUUCCCGAUGGAUUUCGUUAAACUACUACCCGCGUACAAUAUGCCAAAACAGAUCAUCAUUAUCAAUAGCAAUAGUAGUAGUGGACUGGAGGACGCGGGACUGAAAGAGGGAGAGUUGAAGAACUGUGAUAUGCUGCAGGAUGGCACAACGAUGGGCGUUGGAACGGACGAGGCAUCGGUGCCGAACGAUUCGAUCGGCGGUUCUAGUCAGGUGCAAACGAAGGAAAAUGUGAUCAAGGAACUGCUCGAGACGGAGAUCAACUACGUCAAGCUGCUCAAUUCGCUUUGUCUAGGAUAUAUCAAACCUCUGCGGGAGCGGGAGGAUGUCUUCCCGCCGGAGAGUGUCAACAUAAUUUUCUCGAACCUGGAAAAAAUCUGGCGGUUUCAGCAGACCUUCCUGGACGCGCUCCGGUUAGCGGUGCCCAACAACAGGAUAGGCGAAGUGUUCCUUGAAUAUCAAUCGGCAUUUAUGAUCUACUCGUCGUAUUGCAAUUCCUACCCGCGAGCACUGAUGGAACUGGAAAACUUCACCAACAACAAGGAAGCUUGUACCAUUCUGGAAAGUUGUCGCGUUUCGCAGAACCUCCCGGAGCUACCGAUUUCGGCCCAUCUGCUGGCACCGAUCCAAAGAAUCUGCCGCUACCCGUUGCAUCUCAGCGAACUAGUCAAGCACUCGCCUACGCGGAAGGAGUUGCUCCCGCUGUUGAACCUCCGCAAGUGCACCAAAUCCGACCUGGAAACCAUGGACUGCCGGGAGGUGUUCGAGCUGGCACUGACAGCCAUGCGGCGGGUCACCGAGAUGGUCAAUGAAGGCAAACGUCACAGCGAGUACCUAUCGCGGAUGCAAUCUCGCUUCGAGAACUUCCAAGGUCCCUCCAUCAACCUACACAGCACCCGGUUGUUCCUGCAAACCGACGCCAUCCGGAUGACACCGAACCUGUGGAACAACACCUACACCCUGUUCCUGUUCGACCGGCAGCUGAUCUACUGCAAGAAGGACCUGCUCAAGCGGACAAACUACAUCUACAAGGGCCGGAUCUUCCUCGACAACUGCCGGAUAUUGAAUCUCCCGGAUGGGAAAAUGUUCGGCGUCACGUUGAAGAAUGCCCUUCGGCUGUACUGCGACACCCGGAACAAGUGGUUCGAUUUCUGUUUUCGCAGCAGUAGCAGCAAGUUGCGCUUCCUGAACACCCUCUCGGCGGAACGUCAAUUUUGCGGGGAGGGCCUGUUCGUGUCCGAACUAGACGGAGCCUGCGUGGACGACGACAACCUAUCGGAUCGAGAGUACUUCCCCUUCACGGACGAGAAGGACGGAUGCAGCAAUACGGACACGGAAACGAGUAACGGUGCUGAACUGACGGACAGUAUGCAGUUUCUCCUGGGCAACAUGUCCCAAAGCGCGAGGACCAGCAAUUGUAGCGUGCUGAAAGAAUCUCCCACGAAUAUAGGCGGUAAGCAGUCGGGCAAUACCCUGCCGAAAAAGUCUCGAAAAUCGACCAAAGAACAACAGCAACAACAACAACAACAACAACAGCAGCAGCAGCAGCAACCAGAAUAUAGUUCCCAUUCUCUCGGCCGACGGAAACUGGGCAACUGGUUCCGCAAGGCCAAGAGUACCAACAGUACCCCGUCGCAGAGUCCAACCCAUCACCCGAUGGCCCUUUCGCUAGCCGCCGUCAACAAUGCAGCGUCGGACAGUUCCUCGGCCAGCAGUCCGGGGCUGGGCUACCACCAGCGGACCCUGUCCGCCCUGUCCACCAACAAUGGCACCCUCCCCUCCGCUAUGGCCAAAGGUAAAUCUAAAGAUAACCUCAUGACUCAGUCGUCCACCACAUCUUGAGGGUACGAGAGCACGCUGCUCUAGUUCUAAGUCAUUCAUCCUUCGCACAGCAAGGAAUCAUGCAUUACUACACCUAUCGCACGCAUCAAAAUCGUGACAUUUUUUUUUAGAAGGAAGCAAGAAGACGCGCCUAGAUUUUCAUUUUUUCGUCAAUUGUCUCUCUGUUGUGCAUGAUGAUAAACGUUAUUACAGACAUACACACUCACUUUAGCGAACGAAACCAUGUAAUCUCCUGGCCUAACCCGCAAUGCAGUAGGUUUUGCCCAAUUUAAUUGAUUUAGUAAAACAAAAAACAUGAACUAAGGAAGCUAUAAUUUAGUUGUGGUGGUAGUUGAUUGAAACUGGGAUCCCAAAUGAAUGCAAACGUCUCUAAGUCCGUUGUUCGUAACCAAGCGCAGGAUUUCCUAUAACCAUGCUUAUUUCUACUAAAGUAAAAUGUUCAAUUAUCACUACUGAAUUGUGUAACCAUCCAGUAACGCAGUAAUGUUAAGUUUAUGUCUUAUUUAACUGAUCGGAAAUAGAAUAGGUUGUAAGUUCUUUUUUUAUUAUUAUUUUACCAUUGUCUAAUUUAUGUUAUACUAUGUAUACUUUUCUUCAGUUCAGUCACAAAAACACAGUCUAUUUGCAACGCACAGUAAACCUAAGUUAUUUCCCAAAUAUCUAGCUAUCGUUCAUGAUAAGAAGAAACUGAAGCUAAUCCAAUUUGAAAAAAAAAAAUAAAGUUUUUUUUUCUUGUAAACAAUGACUAGUUUGGUUUUAUUCAUUCUGUUUGUUAGCAUGUAAGUGUUCGAUCAUCGUCUUCGGUUCAUUCGUUUAUUUUCAAUACUUGCUGAGUAC